GAAGGGGCGGUGUCAUCACGUCGAUCAAAACAUCCGUCAGCUUGGCAAGAGCAAACGCGACAAUUAAAGCAAAGCUAGACAGCUGUAUUGUCAUUAAACGAACCGUCCGCAAGCUCAUUUACCACCCUCGUCGUUCAACAUUCACGGCAAGAUAGGGAAACAAGGCACGGAGGCAGCUGCCGAUGGUGCAGCGAGCCUGGUAGAUGAGAUGGCAGAGAGCCCCGAGAAAAGUAUCUCCGUCUCAGCACAAGAGCUGAAGGAGCAGGGCAACCGUCUUUUUCUGAGCCGCAAGUACCUGGAGGCUGCAGCCUGCUACAGUAAAGCCAUCAACCACAGUCCAUCUGUACCAGCGUACUACACAAACCGAGCGCUGUGCUUUGUGAAGCUUCAGCAGCACGACAAAGCUCUGGCAGACUGCAGGCAUGCGCUGGAGCUAGACAGCCAGUCGGUCAAGGCCCACUUCUUCAUGGGCCAGUGUCACUUGGAAAUGGAGAACUAUGACGAAGCCAUAGGCAACCUGCAGAAAGCCUAUAACCUAGCAAAAGAACAGCGGCUAAACUUUGGUGACGACAUUCCCAGCGCACUCCGAAUAGCCAAGAAGAAGCGCUGGAACAGCAUGGAAGACAAGCGAAUCAACCAGGAAAACGAGCUGCAUGCCUAUCUCACCAAACUUAUCCUUGCUGAAAAAGAAAGGGAGCUGGAGAGCUGCAGACAGAAGCAAGAGGACAAGUCAGAAGACAGCAGAAGUCAACACAACCUCGCCAAGAUCCAGUCAAAACAUGAUAAAUACCUUUCAGACAUGGAGGAGCUGUUCUGUCAAGUAGAUGAGAAAAGGAAGAAACGUGAGAUCCCAGACUACCUGUGUGGAAAGAUCAGCUUUGAGUUGAUGAGAGAGCCUUGCAUCACACCCAGUGGAAUCACUUAUGACCGCAAAGACAUUGAGGAGCACCUUCAGCGAGUUGGCCAUUUUGAUCCAGUGACACGCACCCCGUUGACGCAAGAUCAACUUAUUCCCAAUCUGGCAAUGAAGGAAGUUAUCGAUGCUUUCAUCUUGGAGAACGGCUGGGUAGAAGACUAUUAAAACAAUGGCAUAAGGAAGUUGAAUGUAAAAAGGAGGGAUGUUAUUAUGAAAAAAGAUUAUUGGAAUGUGGAACAAGACGUAGCUGUUUCCAAUCAUCUCUGUCUCGGCCGGUCACACGAUGGACUUCACUUUACUUUUCUCUCUCCAUUUAUCCCAGUCAAAGGAAGUUGAAUCAGUUCAUCUGGACACAGCAUUUAUUGACCAAUAAAUUUCAUCCCUCAUCUAAGUGGCCUCUUCAGUCUCAACUGACUGCAGGUGUCCCCACCCUUAUAAACAAUACAGUUGCGUAACGACCGAAACCAACAACCAGUUUGAUGUGCAAGUAUUAGUUUCAACAGCCAUGUGUACUAUUCACAGAGGAUUUGAGAAUGUUUGCAAUCACUGCAUUGUGAGAUGGCGACAGAUGUACUCUUGGGACCCCCCCCCGGUUCAGGGAUGGUCGUUCCCUCUUCACAUAGAUGGCCUCUUUGACUCCCUGUUCAACCCAUUCAUCCCAACAUUUAUCCUAAUCACUUUCUAUUUUCCAGGGCCAGUUGGUUGAGCUUUUCACCCAGAUCAAGCAUGGUGUCUUUUUGAAUUUUCCUAAUCCAGUGGUGGGAUUGGGAAUACAAGUUUCAAAUGUUAAAAACAAUUCUUUCUUUCAAAUGCCACCAAAGAAUUUGCAAGCUUUGGUGGGUUGUCUGAAUUUGGGCUGAUUAGUCCAACCGUUUAAUGUGGAGUUAGUUAGACUGCAUGUCUCCGGAAAGUAAUCAAUAUGCUUUAAUUAUUUGAUGUGUUACUGAGUAGGGCAUAAAAAGGGUUUUGGUGUAAGCCUAUCCAUAUGCCAAACAUGCCUGGCAAAAGCUUGGACCAAAAAAAAAUGUCUUGCAUGCUAUCUCGACCUCAGUUCAGUGAUUUGACGAGGAAGCAACUAGUUGCAUUUGACAAACAGGUUUGCGGCUUGGAAAUUGGAUCCGUUUGUCACUAAAAUGACCCGAGAUACAAUUUAGGAACCUUGAAAAAAGCAACAACAAUCAGACAACUGCUGAAAAGAAAUCAGAUUUGUGGAAGUCAGUGUUAAAAGUUGCACCUGCUAAAUAACCGCGAUGGUGGCUCACAAGGGCAAGCGACGGCUUUUCAUCUUCUGUGUUCGUAGUCCUGCUGUGGUUACUGGAUGAUGUUACACAAUAAUGCUGUAAACUACGUUCCACCUUCACAGCCAAGAAGAUGUGUUAAUGUUGCUGUACUGCUAUUUUAGCCCUUGGUUUGUUUCCCCAAUCCCUUGGACUGAAGAGUGUAAUCCAUGUCGGUUGUCAUGCUGUUACAUUUUGAGAUUACUUUGAAAAUGUGGGACAGUCAUCUCUCAUAUCCAAACAAUCCCGUGGAUUUUACCUUUAAUCCAGUUUUGCCUGCUACCAGACUUUUUCCUUUUUAAAUCAGGCUUAAUAAUGCUCCAUGUGUUGAGUUUAAACCUGCUUGUCAUUUGUAUACGGGACUUUGCACAUCUUCAUGCAGUAUGGCCUUGUGAGGUUUGCCGUCAUAAAGCUCAACAACAUCAGAAAUUGGGCUUUUUUUCAGUAUGUGCUUUUGAGUUAUGGACCAAUAAUUAAAUUUAGCAUCAACAAUUGCAAGGAUUACCAGUUAUUUAUGCCUUACUAAAUGUCCUUUGAAAAUAUUACCCUGAAUAAGGAGAAAACUUCACAACUGAAUGGUAUUGUUAUUUGAAGUAUUAUUUGAAGGAACAUAUGAUCAUCACAUUAGUACAAUACAGAUAUUCUGUAACACCUUACCAAACCAAAUAUCAUGAUGCCGAGGAGUACUACAAUAUAAAGCCAAGGUUACAGACUUUGCUUCCAUGUAUAACCAUCAAAUCCAAGUUGGUGUCCUGUAUAGUUUGUGAUGCCCUUUGAGUUUUACAGUAAGAUGAGUGAUUGGAGUCACUUCAAGUCAGGGUUCAGUACUGUGGGUAUCUUUUAUAAUCAUACAACCCAAAGAAAAGACCUCUAAGUUAUGUGAAUG